AAUAAAUCUAACCUGAUUAUUAUGAUAACACAUCUAGAGGUUUCAUAAGUUAAUUUAAUUUUUCUUCAAAAAAUGUAAUUUUGUGAUGACAGCUGAUAAUAAAAACAUUAUGAGCUGUUUCAUUUAUAUUGUGUCUAAUGUUAAUCAAUGUUAACACCUAGAAAAUAGGUGGUUAUACUGUUUUUUGUUUAAUGGUAUUUUUUUGUUUAUUUCGUUUUAAAAUGGACCAAGUACUUGCAAAAGAGUCCUCAAGAGAUGAAGAAGUUCCAAUUGAUGCCAAGGAAGCAUCAGAUGAUGAACAAAAUCCUAUUGAGGUUUCCAAAGACAAUAAGCUAUGUGUUAAUGAAGAAAAGCUGAAUCGUUCGCUGGAAGUUAUAUUAAGUCCCUCAGUCAGAACAAAGGAAAUUUAUAAAGCAUUAACAUUUAUUCGAACUAAGGUAGUAGAAGAUGUGGAUGGAGUAAAACUUUUACAUAAAUUAGGAGGUUGUAAAUCUUUAGUCAAAGUGCUAUCUAAUAAUAAUGAAGAUAUACUCAAUAUCACUAUUAGUAUUCUUGGAAAUUUGUGUAAUCAUUUAAUAAUGAAUGAAGAUUUUCGAGAAGAGAUUACAAAAAACAAAGUUGCUGGUCGCCUUGUUUCAAUUCUAAGAAAAACAGCUAAAACAUCAAUACAGAAGCGAUUAUGUCGUUUCAUUGGUAAUUUAGCUCAGAGUCAUUCAAUAGCAAAAGAUUUACAUUCUGCAGGUGUUAGUUUAGCAAUUGUUCAUGUUUUAAAUACAACUGAAGAUUCAGAAGUACAGCAUAUGGCAAUCAGAGCUUUGAGAUGGCUUUGGGAGGUUGACAAGCAUCAUAAUGACAUGUUAAGGAAUGGGGUAGUAAUGGCUGUUUCAAUUCAUUUAACUUCUAAAGAUGAUCUGGUGUUGAAGGCUGUAUUACGCACACUUGUUAAAGUUACUCAGCAUUACUCUAUUUACACAGCAGAACAGAUUACUGGGAAAGGUACAGGAUAUAGUGAAAUAGUUUCGAAGAUUGAUAUGCCAGUUGUUCCUGUUUUAAUAUGUAAUCUGAGCUAUGAUCCUCGUGCUCGUAUUGAGCUGUGUAAAGCUGGAGCAGUUGAAGCUAUAAUAAAACUACUGGAAGAAGGCAAAACCAACUCUUAUUUAAUUACUGGUUUGUGCCAAAUGUGUCGGGAAUCAAUGGUAAGGGCAAGUCUAAGGCUUUCUGCUACUGGCUUUAACACGUUACUAUCCUUACUGUCUAAUAAGAAGAGCAAACAUUUCUACCCAGAGAUAUUAGACGCUAUUACUCAAUUCAAUUAUGAUCAAGCUAGCUUAAUGAAAAUGGUGCGAUGUGGACUUAUAAAUGUAUUAGUGGAAAAAUUAUCUGAGUAUGCCAAAGUUCACUGUUGUGGUCACAGUGAGGCCGUUGCUGCAGAAGCGAUGGGACCGCUCUCUCCCCAAAGUCCUGCUUCGUGGGCAGCAUCUCCUUCACCACCUCCCCUUUCUCCCACUAAUCAACUUGCUUCUUCUCAGGAUUAUUCUCCUCGCUGCUCUACUCCUAACAGUGACUCAUCUUCAUCACCAAUCCCCUCAAUCGAACGACCUGAUAAUUUAGAAAGUCCUGUUGGAUUGGAUGGCUGUAUAUUGGAAGUUCUUUCUCGGCUGACUUACCAAGGAAUACCAAUGCGAGCCCUUGCCAACCGGACAACAGUUACUACUUUUUUGGAUUAUCUAACUGGUCUUCCUUAUCCUCGAUAUAGAAAUAACUUUGUUAAAGCAACACGAGCACUAACAGCGAUCGUUAUGUGUAAACAUUAUUGGAAUACUAUUUUGGACGAUGAAAGUGUUUUAGAUAUCCAUAGAAGACUGUGUCGGGUACAACAUGAAGAUUGUUGGGAAUGUAAACGACUGCAAGAAACUGGAUUGGGCAUUCUAAGAGAAAUAGGUCUUACUGCACAAUCUGGUUUGGGCGAAGGAGAGAUAACUUAUCGCUUGAUGGGAAUUUCAUCAUCGAGCCGGAUCACAGCUGCUCUCACAAUACCACAUGUAAUUAGGCAGCCAAAUCUGUUGUAUAUUUUACUAUAUACACACAAUGCCCUCAAAGUGGUGAUGGAAACAUUAAGCACAAGGAUAGAUGAAGCCGUCCCAUCACUUCACAGUCUCUUUGCAACAUUAGCUAUUAAUAAUCCCCAGCAAUCAAUUCAGAUGUGCAAUUCAUGUGAAAUUGGUAGAAUUCGCAAAGAAGGAAAUGUGCUAUUCACAUUAGAUGAUGGUUCUACAGUUUCUGCCAAUAAAGAGUCACUUAGCCAUUCAUGCCCUGUUUUUGAGGCUAUGUUCCGCGGUGGAUUUAAGGAAUCAUUGCAAAGUAGUGUCCGACUCUCUGAUAUUUCUGCAGAUUGUCUCUCUCAUCUGACGAAGGUAUUACAUGAAUACUGUUCAUGUGCUCUUCCAAAAGAUUUGUCUGUUUUAUUAGAGAUGAUAUCAGUUUCAGACAGAUUUCUGCUGCCGGAUCUGACUGUAAAAGUCCUUUCUGUUGUGAGAGAUAAUGCUCUAAGCCAUGCCACUGCAAACCAAAUCUAUGACUGGGGCUUGAAUAUCGGUCAACAGUUUGAAGUUUCAGCCAACCUUUCUGAAGAUGUUGUCAAGUAUAUGUUUACUGGUGAUAUGCUUCCUUCACAGAGGGUUUCUGCUGUUUCUCGGAUUUUAGAAUCUGACAACAAAGAUAGAUUUCUUGAGGACUUACGAUUACUUAUCAAAAGUGGAAUUGUAGCUUAUACUAAAACUCAUAGAUUUCCUAAUUACAAAUCAUAGUUUAAAUUGGGACUUACGAGGAAUUGACAAAUGUAAUUUAUUUCUGAUUUGAAAAAAUUGUAUUGUUUCUCAUUUGGUAUUUGAAUCUUGUGAAAAACGGUAAUAUUGUGUGGGCAUUUUUUCGUUUUUGUGAUAUUUAUUAUUCAGAAAUCAUUUUCUGUAUAAGUACAUAAGUUAUCUGUGAUGGUUUUUAUUACUUGAUGCCGAGAAUCGUGUCUGAUUUUCUUUACUUCUUUGGUGUGUACACUAUGACAUUGAUUAACAAAAUAUAAUCAACUUUUUAAAAUAUUAUUAAUGAAAUUUUAUGGAAUAUAUAUUCAGCUACUUCAAUUGAUUAACACUUAUAGCUUAUGGAAUGAUCAUAGUGUGCUAUAUUCAAUAAUCUUUUCUAAUUUAUUGGAAUAUAGGUCAAUAUUAUCUAUAAUUCUAGAGAUAAAUCUAGGCUGUUAGAUAUAACACAAUUGUACAUAAACAAUAAAAAAGUUCAGAAUUAGUCUUAGGUCGUUUCUUCUAUUGGUGUAAAUAAUUGAAUUUAUAAUAGAUUAUGUAAUAAAAUUUUAAAAUAUUCUAUUUCUAUUGUUUUUGUCUAAUUUUGAAAAUUUAUUUUACUAUUUAGUACUAUAAUGUAUCAGCAUUAAAUGUUUCAUGUAAUAUAGCAAUAAUUUAUGUAAUAUUAUCUAUAAAUGUGGUUAUGAAUAUAAUGUUUAAUUUAUGAAUUUUGGCAUGUCAUGUUAAUUUUUUAAUUAUUAUCAAAGUUUUUUUUCCUGAAUACCAUUUUUAGGUAGUUUUAAAUCCAAAUUUUAUUUAAAUAUAUAUUUUUAAUGUUGGAAGAUCAUGUAAAUGCACCAGUACCAUUUUUCAUGUCUUUUAAUUUUUAUUUGGCUGCCAUUUGUAGAAAUAAGUUCUAGCUGGCUCUAGGAUCUAUCUGUUUCUGCUCUCAUCUUCCAGUCAAGUAUUUAAAGAAUAUGGUAUUGUUAAAUUCCUUGUGAUCAUAUGGUCUGUAUAUUAGUUAAGUCAGUAUGCUGUGUUUAUUUUAUCUAUCGGAUUAGUGCAACAAUUUAAUGAAGAUGUUUUUAGGUAUUCUCCUUCUCCAGAUCUAGUUCAACAGCUUUCCAUUUGCUAUUACAUCCUUCUUAACUAUAGGAAAUAGAACUGAUAAAUUGAAAGCUAUAUGUGGUCAUCAAUCGACUGAAACUAAACAUACAUACAUACAUCAGUAGGGUGACACCCCGUUACCGAGACUGGGCCUCCUCCAAAAGUCUCCGUCAUUUUUUAUGGUCAUUGGCUGCAGCUCUCCAAUUUCGGACUCUAAGAACAGCCUGCACAUCCACAGAGACCGAGUCCAUCUAUCGCACAUUUGGUAUUCCAAAUCGCAGUUUCCCGUAGAGCUCUUCACUAAUGAUCAUUUUUGGAAUCUCGUUGGCAGCCAUCUUUUGCACAUAUCCUGCCCAUCAAAUUCUUCUGAGCUUCAUGAACUUGACUAUGUCAACAUAGUCCGCCUUCGUGAACGCCCAAGCCUCUGAGCCAUAAGUGAUAACUGGAAUGAUGGAAUUCCUUUUUGCUAUAGAAUCUGCUUUUUUUUUUUUUCUUUUUUAUGGAAAAUAUAGUAAUGACUUCAUUUGUAAUGUAAGAUAUUAUUAUUUUCAUAAAUACUGCAUACAUUAAAGGGUCUUAUAGAGCUUGAUCUUGGUGUGGUUAGAGAGCAUUCUACUACUAAAUUGUUUGGCAAGGCCAAGUAGCAAUGGUUAGCUAUUGCUAUCCUCCUGUUUACUUCCUGGAUAAUGUCAUUUUGGGAGUUAAUUUCCAAACCCAAAUAGGUGAAGCUGCUUAUCUUCUGAAAACGGUUCUCUCCUGCAUCAAAAUAUCCAACUCCUGGUUCGGCUCUUCCAAUCCACAUGUAUUUUUUCUUCUUGGCCUCAUUAACAACUAGGCCAAGAUUUCUAGAAGCAUCUUCCAGAGCCAGGAACAAUUCUCAUAGGGCCCAUUCCGAUCUGGUAGCAAUAACAAAAUCACCCGCUUAUUCCAGAAGCUGAACUGUGAUAUUAAAUAGUGUUGAUCAGAGUUGGAUUCCAGAAUUCCUAACCGCUUUCUCCCCUACAAAAUUAAUGAGGCAGGCCUAAAGCCUCUCCCUUUCUAACACUACAAUUUGUCAAAAAGGGGUAAGAAAGAUCAACACCCAUACGCACCAUACACUUUGAACUCGCCAUUGUCCUCUUAACCAGGCUCACUAAUUUCAUCAGAACGUUCAUUUGUUUUAGGGCUUGGUAAAGUUCCGGUUGACCUACGUUUUCAUUUACGGAUUUGUGCAUUCAUCCAUGUCCACAUCUUAUUAUGAUACCCUCUCUUCUCUUUGUAAUAACUGUUUGGUAUAUCAGUUGCACAGUUUUCCAUAAGUCUCAUUUUUGACCCUUUUAACUGCCAGCCAUUCGUUGAUGUGAGUUACAAAAGUUCAAAAACCAUUUUAAACUUGGAUUCUAAAAUUUUUGAACCUGUGACAUGACUUACUUAGGAACAGGAAGCAUACUUGUCAUCAAUUUCAUUAUCAGAGCUUAAUCAUUUAAUCAAUGAUUGUUUUAGAUAGUCUUAGCUAAAACGGAAACAAAAACAGCUUAACUUAAAAAGUUGAGGUCAUGAUGGC